AUGACUUUUCGACCCAUUCGGCAUCUGGCAUUGGGAUCUUGUGGCAAGGGUACUCCCCGCCGUAAGGUCAAGAAGGUUGUCCGCAACUCCGGUGCCGAUGACAAGAAGCUCCAGGCCGCUCUUAAGAAGCUGAACGUUCAGCCCCUCCAGGGCAUUGAGGAGGUCAACAUGUUCAAGGAGGACGGCAACGUCAUCCACUUCGCCAACCCCCGUGUUCACGGUGCCGUUCCCUCCAACACCUUCGCCCUCUACGGUAACGGCGAGGAGAAGGAGCUCACCGAGCUCGUCCCCAACAUCCUCAACCAGCUCGGCCCCGACAGCCUGGCUUCCCUCCGCAAGCUCGCCGAGAGCUACCAGAACAUGCAGAAGCAGCAGGGUGAUAAGAAGGACGACGAGGAGGAUGAUAUCCCCGAUCUCGUCGAGGGCGAGAACUUCGAGUCCAAGGAAUAA